AUGGCCCUUCGCGGUACAGCGAGCCGUAUGGAACGCCGCAUCGUCAACCCUUGCCUCGGCGUGAAGAGUCCCCUACUUGGCGGAGACCAGCAGUCUGAACCAGAGUCUGAGCCCGAUGAUCGUGGCGAUACACCUGCUCAUCACGGUGACUUUGGGCCUGGAUUUCGACAGAACCCGUUAGUCGACAACGACUACACGUUUGCCAAAGCAGGCGGAAAGUACUGGUACAUGGGGCCAACGUCAUCAUGGUCCUUUUGUCGCAGAGUCCUCGCCCUGCUUGGGAAGAGAAUCCCAGAAGCAGCGCCAGAUCCAUGGCAUCUCCCCCACGAGGGAGCCUUCCGGAUGCAAUGGAAGCCGCUUGGCCUCAAUGAGGAACCGGAUGUGUCGAAUCUCCCGCCAUUAGACUACGCCAUGUUCCUCUUCAACACAGCCAAGUUCUACCUCGGCGCGGUGUUCUACCUCAUCGACGAAAAGUCGUUCAUGAAGAAUCUGCAUGAGUUCUACGAUGACCCCGCUGCAAAAGCAAGGUCAUCAAGGCUCUGGUACGCACAGUACCUGUUGAUACUGGCCUUUGGCAAGGCAUUCGUGGUGAAUCAGAGCAGCUCCCAUACCGGUCCGGCGGGCGUCCAGUAUGCUACCAGGGCCAUGUCAUUGCUGCCGGACCUAUCUGGACUCGAACCUGAUACGAUAUCAUCAAUACAAGCUCUUGCUUUGGCGGCUGUCUACUUUCAGUGUCUCGAUAUGAGACUGGCGGCAUUUCAACAUAUCGGACAAGCGUUGCGUAUCAGCAUCGUCGAAGGCAUAUACCGGCACAUGCCGGAAGAGGUCGUCGGCGUGGAACAUUCGCGACGCUGUAAUAUUGUGUUCUGGGUGGUGUACACCUUGGACCGGGAGUUCUCUGCUCUGAUGGGUGCACCCAGCUCCAUCCGAGACGAGGACAUCACAGUGAAGCUCCCUUCGCAAAUGGACAACUCCUUGGACGCCCUGAAUAUGACGCUCCACGUCCGGCUCUCGCGCUUGAUGGCGCGCAUUCUAACCACGGUGUACGGUGUCGGCAAGUCGUUCGACGGGUCCCUUGUGUCAAAUACUCAGUCUAUCCUCCGAGAUCUUGCACGACUUUCUCGAGACUUGACGGCGCUUCUUGACACUCACUUCCAGGGUUCGGUGAGCAGAGCGUCUAGGAUGGCCUUGAGGCUCAUCCUCUCGUACCACCACUGCGUUGUUCUUACAACCCGACCUCUGGUUAUGUGCGCUUUGCAUAUUCACAUCGAACAUUCCGAUCUACGAGCUACGCAGACAGUCUCUUUGACGCCGCCCGUUGCGUCACUACUACAAUCAUGCGUCGAUUCCGCCCAGACAGUCCUCAGGACACUCCGAGUGCUAGGCGACGAAGAUUUGCUAGAAGCCUUCCUGCCCUUCCAACUCGAAGACGCCUUCUCCUCCGCCUUCCUCCUCUACCUCGUCCGCGUCAUCGACCCCUCCCUCCUUCACGACGACACCUGGUGCGAAAACAUCAAGUGUGUCCUGGACAAAAUGAUAUCCAAGGGAAGCCUCGUGGCCCCGCUGCGCAAGCUCGAGCUCAGCCAGCUGGAGAACAUCAUGACGGCCUUCACCCCGGCCCCGGAACAGCCCCCGACGCCGUCGCCGAGCACGGCGCAUCCGCAGCACCACGACCACGGCUCGUUCCUGGACCAGAUGGAUCAUGAGGAACCUGGCUGGGACAUUUUCGACACGAGCGGGAUGGGCGGUCUGUCGCCGCAGGCGCUGCUGGACUUGGCUGAGAGGUUGGACGUGGAGGACUUGAUGCAGUCUGUGGACCAAGAGGUUUCAUAA